AUGGAUAGUCGUCCGACCAAAAAUCGUAAUCUGGACCUACAUCAACGUCAGUACGGCUACUCUGGCGACCAAAACGUCGUGUCAAAGCAUCCGCACCUGAAGGAACCAUGGACAAGCCGCUCUGUGCAGGAAGGUUUGAGUCAUGCUCCGGAUGGCAACGUGUUUGGAGCCGCCAGACGUGGCACUGGCAUUGUAGAAGACUGGCUUGUCAAUGUCAGUCGUCGAGGCAUCGAUACUGAAAAGUCCGCAAACCGACUACCAUCAAGUCAGGAUAAGGGUAGUGAUCAAACUCCAGGAUGGAGGCCACACGGAAUAUCCUUGCAGAACACUGUCCGAGGUGGUCACAAACGUGCCCUAUCGCGAGACAGCUCCAUCAUCCCCGAGCCGAUGACGAAGAUAGCCAGACCACCUACAGCGGCAAAUCGCCGUGGCCCCAGCCAUCGUUCUCUCGCGGCAAGGGUAACGGAAGUUCCCAUAUCGACAGAUGGUUCUCCGCCCAGAUUUGAAAAGCGGACGAGACACAAAAUAAGAGAAGAUCGAUACGCUUCUCAGAAGAAGCCCAAAGCAAAGCGACGCAGGGCACCUGAGGAGACCGCUACGCGACCAGAAAAUGUGCCGAAGAAGUCAGUCUCAUCAGGUCGAGAAGUCAUGAACAACUUCCAAUCUGAAGCCAUUCUUAACGACAGACUCACAGUGGUUGGAGAGCUAGCCUACAACUCCAUGGUUUCGGUCGAGCAGCCUCCAUCACGCGAGUUUUCGUGGCAACGACAGCAACGCUUAGAAGCCAAGGCCAGACAACGGCGAGAGAGUGAGCUGGUGGAAAUAUCAGCAAUUCUUCGUUGCAAGGAGACGCCCACAACAGUACACCCAGUCAUAGGUCGAGAGCGACCUCGUGACGGGUACGACGAUCGGAGUACGAGUGACGAGGUAGCUCAGAAUUUUCCAGAAUGCGACGAUCGCUUGUCAACUAGAAGCAUCAAGAGGUCUAAUGCUCUUAGAGACGAUCGACGCCACUAUGUCCAUGACAACACCUAUGUCGCCCCGGCUAGACAUAAUCGGCCAAGCAGCAGAGCUACGACUUAUGGCACUUGGGCCACCAGCGGCAAUCAUCAAACAUCCUUGCCAGGCGACUCUUUUGACCGACACCACAGUAGUACCCCUGAGCCAAUUAGGGAAGCGCUUCGAGAGACCGGUGUAUUUAAUGGUGCUGGAGCAAGUGGAAACGCUCGUGUCUCGUUGCAUGAUUCGUGCCAGCGCAGGAAAGAGGUGCAUCCUGAUGAAGAGUCCACGAAAUCCAAAGCUUCCCGUGGACGACCAUUGAUUAUUCGGUAUCUGGAUAAGGGAGUCAUGACUACAGACGAACCGUCAUUGUCACCUUGCGCAUUGGAGGAAUCCAAGAGUUUGCCAGGUACGUGCGAUUCUUUUGCGCCAGAAGGUACGGUCGAUUAUAGGGCGAGGGUCUUGGUAGACACUACUACGCAAAAGCCGAUUAAUGAGCCGUCUGGGGGAGAGAUAAACAAGGACUCUGACGUAGAGUCCCAUUGUAAGACUGCCACUUCUACGACUCGAGCAUCCACGGCCAUACAAGCGUACCUGGUUCCACCCCUCCACAACCUCUCCACGCAAAUGCAAGCAACGUCAGAGAACAUCCGGGAAUUGCAGACGAGAACACCGACCAUCGAAACUGCCACUGAGGCAGUGGCUGAGGAAGGUCAUGUGCGUGCGAAACGUGAUGCCGAGCCCGAAUAUGGAGCAACGGCCGAGCAAUCUGGAGGGAAAGUUGCGGCGCCAGAACGAUCUGCCGUGCCUCCAAUACCUUACCGGCAACAUUUUAGUGCUCCAAAUGCUCACAAUUCGCCUAGAAGAGGUGCAAAUCAUCACUUUGCCUUGUCCGAACAAGAACCAGCUGGCAACAACCUCUACGAUCAUCUACCCCAUGAGAUUGGUCGUAGGGAAGAAGCCCUCUGGCAGCAACCAGUGUUUUCGCGACCGAGAUUUCUGGUCAAUCAACCAAGAAAACCUCAUGCUCUUUCUCUGCCAGGAAGAAAAGGCCAUAGUUCUAUGACUAGAUUCAACCCGUCUCAGUUCCAACCGUCGGAGAGCGUCGUUGACUUCAUUGCGCGCGUCGAACAAGAGGUACUAGGACCGGAUAGCCUAGGAUACGAGGAUAAUCCGACCGAUGAGACCGGCAAUUGGCAGUAUGACGACCGACUCGAACUGCGUUUGGACAUAUCCAGCGGGUCUCAUCCUCUGGCAUCUCAGGAUGUUUCGAUCAACCAAUCCCUCGCAGAACCUGGUUGGAGGCACUUGGAAGACGCAUUUGACCGGAUCGAAGAGGAACCAUCUGAAAACGGGCUUAAUUCAAGGGAAACAGCUGGAGAAGGACGCAAAGUACGACAAGGAUGA